GGGGGUGGUGAGCUUCGUCUGUGGCCCAAGCGCCUGCGCAAACUAGAUACCUCACCCGCCCGAGAACUCGAGCCACCGGGCUUUGCCUCGCCUCGUUGGUGCUGUGGAGUUGGCCACACCUCGCUUUGUCUCACUGGACGCGCCAUGGCUCCCCUGCGUAGGGUCUGCCCGUUCAUCCGCCGCCUCCGCGUGGCCCUGCUUUGCCUGCGGCCCGACCAUCGCUUCGCCCAUCGCUUCGCCCACUGGGAGCCCCAGCGCCGGCGGCCCGCGACGGCCUUGGACGUGGCUGUUGGAAUUGUGGUAAUUUUUUCGGCCUUCUUAACACCGUGUGGCUAUGUGUUAAGCAAUCUGAGGCAGUUCAGAAGAGAGUAAAUGAAGAUGCUGUCGAGCAGCUGUUAACGUCCAAAACGCUUUCAGAAGAAGCUGCCUUCGGUACAUGAACACAAGUGCUCCGUUGGGUUGAUGAUGUAACCGUUGUGGAUUUUCAGUUCCAUAACCAUAUGUUUAUGGUAAAUAUUUUGCACUUUUUAAUUACUGUGCAUUAUGUAGAUGUGUAGACAAAAAAUGUUCUGCUUAAUUGUUAAAUAAAACUGAAACACUUAU